AUGAUAGAAAUCCCCAGAUACCUCUAUUUCCAAACGUUACCGAUUCUUAGAAUUACGCUAGGAUUUGAAACUUCAACCGUCUCCGGCGUCCCCAUCCUCUAUACGCAGAAUUUUAACCGUCUCCGACGUCUCCAUCCUGUAUACAAAGGAUUUCAACAGUAUGCGGCGUCUCCACCCUGUAUACACAGGAUUUCAACCGUCUGCGGCGUCCACCCUGUAUACACAGGAUUUCAACCGUCUGCGGCGUCUCCACCCUGUAUACAUAGGAUUUCAACCGUAUCCGGCGUCACCACCCUGUAUACCGUCUGUGGCGUCUCCCUCUGUAUACACAGGAUUUCAAUCGUCUGUGGCGUCUCCACCCUGUAUACACAGGAUUUCAACCGUCUGCGACGUCUCCACCUGUAUACACAGGAUUUCGUCUGUGGUGUCUCCACCUUGUAUACACGGAAUGUCAAUCGUCUGUGGCGUCUCCACCCUGUAUACACAGGAUUUCAACCGUCUGCGACGUCUCCACCUGUAUACACAGGAUUUCGUCUGUGGUGUCUCCACCCUGUAUACACGGGAUUUCAAUCGUCUGUGGUGUCUCCACCCUGUAUACACAGGAUUUCGUCUGUGGUGUCUCCACCCUGUAUACACGGGAUUUCAAUCGUCUGUGGUGUCUCCACCCUGUAUACACAGGAUUUCAACCGUCUGCGACGUCUCCACCUGUAUACACAGGAUUUCGUUUGUGGUGUCUCCACCCUGUAUACACGGGAUUUCAAUCGUCUGUGGUGUCUCCACCCUGUAUACACAGGAUUUCGUCUGUGGUGUCUCCACCCUGUAUACACGGGAUUUCAAUCGUCUGUGGCGUCUCCAUCCUAUUUACACAGGACAAGGAAGUAUAGUUUUAAAAAUGUCGUCAAUUACAACACUGGUUUACGUUUGUUGUUUCUAUAACAAUGUCGUCAAUUACUUAGUACAACACAGGUUUCCGUUCCAUGUCUCAUAUCAACAGUAAAGUGUAUCGAUGGAAUCCUAUAUAUUGACCGACUUUAAACAAUGGCUGCAUUUCGAUUUUGAACACACGAUGAGAAUUGCUAUUUACUAUUCUAUUGUA